CGAAUGGUAUGCAUAGGGUUAUUAGUGUGCUGUGCUAAUGGUUGGUUAAUGAUCAUCAAACAUUUACAUUUUUCCUCUGUCUUAAAGAAUAUAAUGCAUUUCAUGUUUUCAUUUUGCAAUAUGAAUUCAUUCACAGCCGUUAGGGAGGAUGAGUACUUCCUGGCAGGAAAGAUGGUCGCGGUCUCAAUAGUACAUGGAGGUCCAGGACCCCAUUUCCUGUCAGAGGGUCUUGUUCAGUAUCUUGCGGGCCAGCCCUCAUUCAAACCAUCAGUUAAUUUAAUAACUGAUGAUGAGAUAGGGAAAGCUUUACGAGAGGUGAGAAUAGCAUAAGUCUACUAUGUGGAAGGACAGAGUUUAACAUUGUUCUUGCACUGUUUUAAGACCAUGUUUACUUCCGUUACAGGAUAAGCAUACAGAAUGUAUUGUAGUAUAUGUAAUGUAGUUUUUGAUAGGGUAAGGUAAGGGUUACAGCAUGCUGUUUCUGUCACUGAAUAAAAAUGGGAAAAGAUAGUAUAUCCAGUUAUCUACUGUGGUGGUUAUGCCUCUUUAUGUCUUUCAGAUUGAGAAUGCUGCGUCAUUGGAUGAUCUGCGAGACGGUAUUUUAAGACACAGCACAAUGUUGCAGACAGCUGGCUGUCUUAGACAUGUGGCUGCUGUCGAACAAAAAAAAGAGAUUGUGGUAGACUACCUCCAUUGGCACGUCAUUGACCGCAACUCCUCUGUAAUUGACAGAUUCAAAGAUGGUCUGUCAGCCCUUGAGUUUCUUGGUGCACUGAAGCAACACCCUGCUUUGCUGACCCCUGUCCUGUGCCACGUCGACAAGAAACUCACUGGCUUAGACCUUGAGAGGGUCUUCAAACCUGAUCUCAGUCCUUCAGGAAGUAACAGAAGACUGAAAGAAAACCAAACAUUGGCCUACUGGGCAGACUAUCUUCUGGAUUGUGAAGAAGGAGAGGCUGCUGUGUCUGUGGAGGACGUGUUGAUGUUUUCAACUGGACUGAGAUCCCUUCCCCCAGCUGGCUUAGACCCACUUCCACAAUUAGAGUUCCUAGAUAACUCGCCAUUUCCAAUGGCAAACACUUGUGGAAAUGUCUUAAAACUACCACUCCUAGAUUCUUACGGAGUGUUUAAGACACAAAUGGACUUUGGAAUGCAAAAUAGUCCAGGAUUUGGCUGUUUUUGACUUCACAACCUAACCCUAGAUCCCUGAGACUAGUUUAAUGUUUUUUUUUUUCAGUUAACAUGAAAAAUAAUGGAUCUUAAACGAUUAGCAUUCUUAUUUGUUUAAUUGCCACUUUGGAAAAUUGAAACUGGGUGUCAAAUUCAGACACUUUGUGUACAUUUACAAUAAACCUGCAAUCAAUUCAGAGCUGAGCAAUUUAUUUUAGUCUAAGAUACAGUUCAGUUGAAGACUGCCAGUGAUCUGGCUUCUGUAAAUUAUUUUGCUCCAUGGCUAAGUCCAAGUACUCCUGCAUGUUUGGGUCCCCACAUGGAGCUCUUGUCAGCUGAGCCUCAGGAAAGGCAUCCAGUUCAGUUUCUUCAAUUUUAAAUCCACAGUCUCUGGAGCCAAACCUGUGUUAAACAGAAUAUUACAUUUAUUAAAUGUUUAG